AAUUAGCCAAUCGUUUGAUGUGAAACAAAGGAUAUUCGGCAAGUCCAGCAUCAUGGCGGACACAGGAGAAGUGUUGUUCCAAAAGGGACAGGACGAUAAUGAGGAGGACAUAUGGGAUGACACAGCGCUGAUCAAGGCCUAUGAUGAUGCUGUGUCUCUAAUGAAGAUGAAGGUAGCUGAGCAGAACGGAUUGGACUUGACAGAGCAAGUGGCCUCCUCAGCUGGCAAAAUGAAAGGCAAAAAGAAAAAGAAAAGAAACAAAAACAAAAAACAAAUUCAGUGGAAACAAGGGGAUCUCUGUCGAGCUAAAUACACUGAAGAUGGCUGUGUAUACGAUGCUGAAAUCAUUUCCAUUGAUGAUGCAUGUGGAACAUGUACAGUGCGAUAUCUGAAUUACGAAAAUGAAGAAGAACAAGACUUGAAAAACCUUCAGCAACCAAAGAGGCGAUCACUAGCAGCAAAAUCAUUAGAGCAGUCUGAGGCUGAGACAGACAGUGGGAUGGACUUUAAGAGCGCUCACAGUUCUACCAGGCUCCGUUCAUCUCGCACUCCAAGCCAUGCACAGCAAUUUGCCCCUGGGUUACCCCCAUGGGGAGGACCUGCGCCGGACCGGACAUCUCACAAGCCCAUGGGCUUCAUACCACCUCACAUGCCCAUGUUCCCACCCCAGCAUGGAGUCUUCCAUCCAGCAUGGGGUUCUUCACAGGCAAUGCCAAUGAUGCCUCCACCACCCCCACCCCCUCCCCUGCCUGACAUGUCAGAGAAGGACAAUGAGGCUCUAUGCAGCAUGCUCAUGGCAUGGUAUAUGAGCGGCUACCACACUGGCUACUAUCAGGGCUUACAACAGGGCAAGAAAACAUUUCCAAAGAGAUGACAUUCAAAGUAAGAGUGAAUGAAGACCAUGCUUAUAUUGAUGUACAAUAAUUGAAUAAAAUUUUUGAAAAUC